CUCUUUAUAACGGGACAGGAGUGAGCGCGAGACGCACGCGAUCUGAACCUGCAGCGCUCGAGCCCAGAGGAUAACAGAACACGCUCGCGAGGAAUCUUGAAGCUUACUACAAACUCUAAGCGUGAAACAGUUCACAGUCUUCUGAUUAUUAAAUGAUGGAGAUGUACCAGGCUGGUUAUUACACGGAGGACUUCAGGACUCAGGAGGUUCCUGUGGGAUUUGAUUUCAGUGCAUAUGACUACAAUGGUGAAGACCUGUCCUUUUUGUUAGACAGCAAAGGACCGGGCCAGUCGCAGUACACGGACACGUACGCAGAACCGCACAAGGAGCACGUCAACGCAUCCAAAGUUCACGUCACUGAUUCUGGACUAUUCAAUCUGGACACUUUCCCAGAGUUUAGCAGCUGGACAUCGUACACUAACGUUCCAGACAGUAUGGUGAUGGACAGACAGACAGGAGGUUUUCAGGAUUCAGCCACUCAGACGUAUCAGAGUCUGUUUCCGCCGUGUCCGUCGUCCCAGAGCGGCCCGUUCGGCUCGGCCGUGGACGCCAGUGGACUUUACCAACCCGCCAAAGAGCUCAAUCACAGAGCGGCGUCUGGUUUAGAGCACGCAGGUGAUGCAGAGAGGAGCUACGGUUUAUACGAGACGGAAACGCAAAGCAAAGCCGUACCGUACUGGACGGAUUACUCCUCAUCCGCUUACUGCAGCCAGCUGCUCGUUCAUCCUCCGUCAUCCUCGUCUCCGGCUCCUCUCACCUCCGAGGUGUUUUCUCCUCGGGUGGUGAAGAGACGCACCACGACGUCUCACAGAUUAGACCGAGAUGGCGAGGUGUCUCCGGGGAUGUCUGCUUAUCCAGGAUCAGGACCAAUUCAGCUGUGGCAGUUCCUCCUGGAGCUUCUCUUAGACUCGGCAUGUCACACCUUCAUCAGCUGGACCGGUGACGGUUGGGAAUUCAAAAUGUCAGACCCAGCGGAGGUGGCUAAACGAUGGGGUCAGUGCAAGAACAAACCAAAAAUGAACUACGAGAAGCUGAGCCGUGGCCUGCGCUACUACUACCACAAGAACAUCAUCCACAAAACGGCCGGCAAGCGCUACGUCUACCGAUUCGUCUGUGACGUGCAGAGUAUGCUCGGGAAAAGCGCUCAGGAAGUUCUGGCCAGUAUGAACAUCUCACCGGUGAACGCAGGAUCGCAGACACCGGCGAAGUCCGAGGAGACGGCAGACAUCUGGCAACAUUAGUGUACGAGGAGGCGUUCCAAAAUACGUCCACGUUUUAACACGUCCUCAUCGACUUGUUCUGGAAGUGACCUGUGAGCAAUCGCAGCACAAGUGGACGAGGUUUUGAUGCUAACUUGCUAGCUCGGGGACUAGGUAGUGCACUAAUUAGAUCAGUACUUCAUUGCUCACACUUAUACACGCCUUCGUCCACCAGUUUUUGGAGCGUAAACUGCAGCUUUGCCUUCUGGAUCAUUCUGAUGUAAAAGAACAGAUCUGAAGACGGGCAAGUGGACAAGGGGGAGACAAAAACAGUAUUGGAACACAGCCUUAUUUAAGGACUCAUUUUUCAGCACAGUUUUCUCUCUUCCGAACGGAGGACUUUAAUCUGUGGGCGGUGGGUCGCUAUGGAGACGUCUGUUUCCACUAUAAAGUGAAGAAAUAAUCAUUUUGAACUUUGUAUUUGCUCUUUUUACUCGGACUCUACAAAGACAUAAACUGGGAUGUUUGUGUGUCCAUUGAACCCGCGUCCUUCAGUAAUCAAUGCAAUUUGCCAUCUUUCAAAACAUAUCUACUCUGUGUAUAUAUAUAUAUAUAUAUAUAUAUAUAUAUAUAUAUAUAUAUAUAUAUAUUAAUGUGGUUAGCUACCUCUUUUAAGCAUCAAAACACCAACAAAUGAUGUACUUUGAAUAAUUUGUGUGAUUAAUUUGUGUCGCCAUCAGAUUGUGAAUUAGUGUAAAUAAAUUGUUAUAUAAAAGCA